CUACACUCCCCCAUCACAUUUCACCCUAGGCCCUCCCACUUAUCUCUGGAGCCUGCGAUUUCUCACUCUGUCCAAGGCCUGAUGUCUGCAAGCCCCCCUGGAAACGUGUUCCCAACCCUGGUGGUUGUAGGACAUGUUGUCACUUUGAUCGCUGUUUGGCAGUGGAGGCAACAUAGGAGGCAGUUAAGAGAAGAGCAAGAUGAACGGGACCGGGUACAGAAAAAGACCUUCACAAAAUGGGUCAACAAGCACUUGAUGAAGGCCCAGCGGCAUAUCACUGAUCUGUACGAGGACCUCAGAGAUGGACACAACCUCAUCUCCCUGCUGGAGGUGCUCUCUGGAGAGACACUGCCCAGGGAGAAGGGGCGCAUGCGCUUCCACAAACUGCAGAAUGUUCAGAUCGGACUGGACUUCCUCAAACACAGACAGGUUAAACUGGUCAACAUCAGGAAUGAUGACAUCGCCGAUGGAAACCCCAAGCUGACCCUGGGCCUGAUAUGGACCAUCAUCCUUCACUUCCAGAUCUCAGACAUCCAGGUGAAUGGCCAGUCAGACGAAAUGACGGCGAAGGAGAAGCUGCUGCUGUGGUCCCAGCGAAUGGUGGAGGGAUACCAUGGGAUGCGCUGCGACAACUUCACCACCAGCUGGAGGGACGGCAAGCUCUUCAACGCUGUCAUACACAAACACAGCCCUACUCUGAUUGACAUGAGUAAGGUGUACCGACAGACCCAUGUAGAGAACCUGGAGCAGGCCUUCAGUGUGGCAGAGAGAGACCUGGGAGUCACUCGGCUGCUCGACCCAGAAGAUGUGGAUGUGCCACACCCAGACGAGAAGUCCAUCAUCACAUACGUCUCCUCCCUGUAUGACGUCAUGCCCCGUGUACCUGACGUCCAGGAUGAGGUGAAAGCCAAUGAGCUGGAGCUGUGCUGGCAGGAGUACUAUGAGCUGGUGACCCUGCUGCUGCAGUGGAUCAGACACCACAUCAUCGUGUUUGAGGAGAGGAAGUUCCCUACCAGCUAUGAGGAGAUUGAGGUUCUUUGGCGCCAGUUUCUGAAGUUCAAGGAGACAGAGCUGCCUGCAAAGGAAGCAGACAAGAAUCGAUCCAAACACAUCUAUAUGUCUUUUGAGGGUGCAGUUCAGGUGGGUAAUGUCAAGGUUCCCCCUGGGUACCAGCCUAUUGAUGUGGAGAAGGAGUGGGGUCGUCUCCAUGUAGUCAUACUGGAGAGAGAGUGUCUUCUAAGGACAGAAUAUGAGAGGCUGGAGCAGCUGCAGAGGAUUGUCAGUAAGGUCCAGAUGGAGUCUGGGUUGUGUGAGGAGCAGCUCAACCAGGUUGAGGGUUUGCUACAGAUGGAUCUCCGUUUGCUGAGCUCAGCAAAGCCUGCUAAGCACACAGCAGAGGUAGAGACAGACCUGGACAAGGCAGAGGGCAUGAUCCGGUACCUCUUCAAUGACGUGCAGCUGCUGAAGAACGGACGCCAUCUACAAGCUGAACAGAUGUACCGCAGAGUGUACCGUCUCCACGAGCGGCUGGUGAACCUUUGCAGUGAGUACAACCUGAGCCUGAAGUCCGGAGUGACUACCACCCAAAUACCCAUGUCCCAGAUGCAGACCCUUCAGCAGGUUCCAAUGAGGGUGCGUCCCGAGCUGGAUGAGGUGACCCUGUGCUACAUCCAGGACCUGCUGGCUUGGGUUGAGGAGAACCAGAGGUGGGUGGACCAGGGGGAAUGGGGCUCGGACCUGCACACCGUGGAGUCCCGGCUGGGCAGCCACCGCAGACUGCACCAGUCAGUGGAGGAGUUCCAUGCUAAGAUCAACAAAGCAAAAGCAGACGAGAGUCAGCUCUCCCCUGUCAGCAAAUGUGCCUACAGAGACUACUUACUCAAGCUGGAGUUGCAUUAUAGCAAGCUUCUGAGUUCUUCCAAGGCUCGUCUGUGCAGCCUGGAUGAGCUUCAUGCCUUUGUCACUGCAGCCACCAAGGAGUUUAUGUGGCUGAAUGAGAAAGAGGAGGAGGAGGUUAACUAUGACUGGAGCGAACGCAAUACCAACAUGAAUGCAAAGAAAGACAACUACUCGGGGGUGAUGAAAGAGCUGGAGCACAGAGAGAAGCGGGUCAACAGUGUCCAGAUCCAAGGAGACAAACUGCUGAAGGAGGGUCACCCUGCCAAGAAGUCUGUAGAGGCCUUCACUAAAGCCUUGCAGACCCAGUGGAGUUGGAUCCUGCAGCUUUGCUGUUGCAUCGAGUCCCACCUGAAAGAGAACACUUCCUACUUCCAAUUUUUCUCAGACGUGAAAGAGGCAGAGGAGAAGAUGAAAAAGAUGCAGGAGACUAUGAAGAAGAAAUACACAUGUGACCGUAACAUCACUGUCACACGACUCGAGGACUUGUUACAGGACGCAGUUGAUGAGAAGGAGCAACUGAAAGAGUUUAAGACCCACUUGAAUGGGCUGAACCGGAGGGCCAAGACCAUUGUCCAGCUGAAGCCACGUAACCCUGGUACACCAGUCAAGGGUAAAGUGCCUGUCCAGGCCAUCUGCGACUUCAAACAGAUGGAGAUCACAGUCCUCAGAGGGGAUGAGUGUGCGCUGAUGGAUAACUCUCAACCAUACAAGUGGAAAGUACAGAACCCCAAAGGCAGCGAGGCCACUGUGCCCUCCAUCUGUUUCCUGGUUCCACCCACCAAUAAGGACGCAGUGAGCGGUGUCUCAGGGCUGAACGAAAGUCACCAGAACCUGCUGGUCCUGUGGCAGAUGCUGCACGUGGACAUGAAGAGCCUCAUGUCCUGGCAGUACCUGAUGAGAGACAUCCACCUCAUCAGCUUAUGGGACAUUACCAUGUUUAGGACUCUGACGGUGGAGGAGUACAGGCUAGCAUUGAGGAACCUGGAGCUCCACCUCCAAGACUUUCUAAGAGACAGCCAGGACUCCCAGCUCUUUGGGGCAGACGACCGAAUGCAGGUGGAGAGUGGCUACAAAAAGGCCAGCCAGCACUACGAAGGACUGCUGCACUCUGUGGAGAAAGGUGAGGAAGAAGAAUCUGAGUGCCUGAGCUACCUGACCAAGAUCAAGGACCUGCGUCUGAAGCUGGAGAUCUGUGAGACUCGCACUGUUACACGUCUGCGUCAGCCCGUGGACAAGAACCCGCUCAUGGCUUGCGCCCAGAGGACCACUGAGCAGAAGAAAGUCCAGUCAGUGUUGGAGGACUUGAAGAAAGACCUGACCAAUGUGGCUGAGAAGACACAGAAGGUACUGACAUCCGCUCAGCAGUCCAGCUCCGCCCUAGUACUGUGCUCUGAGCUGGAUAUUACGCUGAAGAAGAUGGAGCACAUCUACAGCCUGUCCUCCGUGUACCUGGACAAACUGCAAACCAUCGACAUAGUGAUCCGCAGCACAAAGGGUGUAGAGGACACCCUCAAAAAGUACGAAGCCCGUUUACGAGAUGUCAACAAGAUGCCAACAGACGAAAAAGAGGUGGAGAACUACCGCACCCAGCUAAAGACAAUGCUUGGCGAGGCCGAGGAUGACCAGAAUACGUUCGACACUCUCCAGGAAAAGCUGCAGAAGGCGAUGGUCGUAAACGAGCGGAUGACGCAGGUCCACAGCGAGCACGAUGCCGAGCUGGAACACUUUCGCCAAGUAGUGGCUGUGCUAGAGGAGCGCUGGCAGGCCGUGUUCGCCCAGAUAGACCUGCGCCAACGCGAGCUGGACUUGCUGGGGAGGCAGAUGCGCUCCUACCGCGAGAGCUAUGACUGGCUCAUCAGAUGGCUCAAUGAUGCCAAGCAGAGGCAGGAGAAAAUCCAGGCUGUGCCCAUCGGUGACAGCGAGGCCCUCAAGCAGCAGUUGGCACAGGAGAAGAAACUCCUAGAAGAGAUUGAGAAAAACAAAGAUAAGGUUGAGGAGUGUCAAAAACAUGCAAGAUCAUAUAUUGAUGCGGUCAAGGACUAUGAGCUUCAGUUGUUGACGUACAAAGCUCUGAGGACACCUCUGGCUUCGCCCCUAAAGAAAACCAAAAUGGAGUGUGCAUCUGACAAUAUCAUCCAAGAGUAUGUGACUCUGAGAACCCGCUACAGUGAAUUGAUGACUCUGACCAGCCAGUACAUCAAGUUUAUAAUGGAGACACAGCACCGACUUGAGGAUGAGGAGACAGCUACUGAAAUACUAAAGAAGGAGGAGAGAAAAAAGUUGGCUGAGAUGCAGGCUGAAUUAGACAAACAAAGGCAGUUGGCUGAGGCACACAUCAAAGCUAUCACUAAAGCGGAACAAGAAGCCCAGGUACUCAAGUUGAAAAUGAAAGAAGAGGUCAGCAGGAGAGAGGUUGUGAAAGUAGAUUCUGAGAAACAGAAGCACAACAUACAGCAGGAGCUGCACAAACUCAAGAACCUGUCAGAGCAGGAGAUCCAAACCAAGAGCCAGCAUGUUGAGGAGGCACUGUAUAGUCGUACCAAGAUGGAGGAGGAGAUCCUUAUCAUCAGAAUCCAAUUAGAGACUACCAUAAAGCAAAAGGCCACAGCUGAGGCCCAACUCCAGCAGCUCAGGGACAUGGCUGCCGAGGCUGAGAGACUGAGGAAAGUUACUCAGGAGGAGGCAGAGAAGCUUCGCAAGCAGGUGAAUGAAGAGACUCAGAAAAAGCGCAACGCAGAGGAGGAGCUGAAUCGCAAAACAGAGGCAGAACAAGAAGCUGCCAAGCAAAAGCAGAAGGCCCUGGAUGAGUUGCAGAAGUUCAAGAUGCAAGCUGAAGAGGCAGAGAGGCGCAUGAAACAGGCAGAAGUGGAGAAGCAUAGGCAGGUCAUGGUUGCGGAGGAGGUGGCACAGAAGAGUGCCGCCACCGAACUGCAGACCAAACGCUUGUCCUUUAAUGAGAAGGCAGUAAAGCUUGAGGCAUCGCUGAAACAAGAACAGGACACUGUUAUUCAGUUGCAGGAAGAGGCAGAGUAUCUCAAGAAGCAACAAGAAGAAGCCAACAAAGCCAGGGAGGAAGCAGAGAAGGAGCUUGAGAAGUGGAGGCAGAAAGCCAAUGAGGCACUCCGUUUGAGGCUCCAGGCUGAGGAAGAAGCCCACAUGAAGAGCCAGGCUCAGGAGGAAGCAGAGAAACAGAAAGAGGAAGCUGAGCAAGAGGCAAAGAAAAGGGCUAAGGCUGAAAAGGCUGCUCUUAAGCAAAAGGAAAUGGCAGAGAAGGAGCUGGAUAAACAGAGGAAAUUGGCAGAGGGAACAGCACAGCAGAAACUCUCUGCAGAACAAGAGUUAAUUCGCCUAAGGUCUGACUUUGACCAUGGUAAGCAACAGAGGUCUUUAUUGGAUGAAGAGCUCCAGCGCCUGAAAAAUGAGGUGAAUGCUUCAGUAAAAGAAAGGAAACAGCUAGAAGACGAACUGGCUAAAGUGAGAAGUGAAAUGGAAGUUCUUCUUCAGUUGAAGUUGAAAGCUGAGAAGGAGACCAUGUCUACAACAGAGAAAAGCAGAAAUCUCCUCGAGUCUGAGGCAUCAAAAAUGAGGCAUCUAGCUGAAGAGGCGACUAAGCUGAGAUCAAUCGCUGAAGAGGCAAAGAAGCAGAGGCAGGUAGCGGAGAAUAAUGCGGCUCAGCAAAGAGCAGAGGCUGAGAAGAUACUCAAGGAAAAACUGGCAGCCAUUAAUGAAGCAACUGGCCUGAAAACUGAAGCUGAGAUUGCCCUGAAGGAUAAAGAGGCAGAAAAUGAGAGACUUAGGAGAAAAGCCGAAGAUGAGGGUUAUCAGAGAAAGGUCUUAGAAGACCAAGCAAAACAGCACAAGCAAGACAUUGAUGAAAAGAUCACCCAGCUUAUGAAGACUUCUGAUUCUGAAUUGGAGAGACAGAAGAAGAUUGUAGAGGAAACUCUUAAUCAGAGGAGGGUGGUCGAGGAGGAGAUUUGCAUCCUAAAACUAAACUUUGAGACGGCAUCAACAGGCAAGUUGGAUCUUGAGUUGGAGUUGAACAAGCUUAAAGGCAUUGCAGAUGAGACGCAUAAGAACAGAGUCAAUGCUGAGGAAGAGGCAGAGAAACUCAGAAAGCUUGCUUUAGAGGAGGAGAACAAAAGAAAGCAAGCUGAAGAGAAAGUUAAAAAGAUCACUGCAGCAGAGGAAGAAGCAGCGCAACAAUGCCAUGUAGCUCAGAAAGAAGUUGAGCGCCUCAAAACGAUUGCUGCCGAUGCUAACAAGCAGAAGGACAAUGCUGACAAAGAAACAGAGAGACAGAUUAUUCUAGCCAAAGAGGCUGCACAGAAAUGUAGUGAUGCAGAAAAGAGAGCACAGGAUGUUCUGGUCAAGCAGAAAGAGGACAAUCUUUCCCAGGCCAAGCUCAAAGAGGAGUUUGACAUGGCUAAGAAACUUGCACAAGAAGCUGAGAAGGCCAAGGAGAAAGCUGAGAAAGAGGCUGCUUUACUCCGUCAAAAAGCAGAGAAUGCUGAGAAACAGAAGAAAGCAGCUGAAGCUGAGGCUGCCAAACAGGCCAAGGCUCAGGGGGAUGCUGAGAGACUGAAGAAGGAAGCAGAGCAGGAGGCUGCAAAGCGAGCAGAAGCUGAGGCUUCUGCUCUGAAACAGAAGCAGCAGGCAGGCGCAGAGAUGGCCAAGCACAAAGAGUUAGCUCAACAGACAUUGAAGCAGAAGACACAAGUUGAGCAGGAGCUAGCAAAGGUGAAAAUGCGACUGGAUGAGACUGAUAAGCAGAAAUAUGUUUUAGAUGAGGAGCUUCAGCGCCAAAAGGAUGAAGUUAGCAAUGCUGUCAAGCAGAAAGUUCAAGUUGAGGAUGAGCUAUUUAAGGUCAAGGUCCAGAUGGAGGAGCUGGUCAAACUUAAGCUUAGAAUUGAGAAUGAGAAUCAGCGUCUCAUGAGUAAAGACAAAGCUAAUGCUCAGAAAUUCCUGGAAGAGGAAGCUGAGAACAUGAAGAAGUUAGCAGAGGAUGCUGCCAGGCUAAGCUUAGAAGCUCAGGAGGCAGCCCAAGAGAGACAGAUUGCAGAGUCCGAGCUUGCCGAACAGAGGGCUCUUGCUGACAAAAUGCUGAAGGAGAAUAUGCAGGCUAUCCAAGAAGCAACUAAACUGAAAGCUGAGGCAGAGAAGCUCCAGAAACAAAAGGACAAAGCUCAGGAGCAGGCCCAAAAACUGCUGGAGGACAAGCAGCAAAUGCAGCAGCGUCUUGAUGAGGAGACAAGGGGCUUCCAAAAAUCUCUAGAGGCUGAGCGCAAGAGGCAGCGUGAAACAACUGCAGAAGCAGAGAAAUUGAAGCUUAGGGUGACACAGCUCAGUGAUGCUCAGUCCAAAGCAGAGGAGGAGGCCAUGAAAUUCAAAAAACAAGCUGAUGAGAUAAGAGUUUGUCUCCAAGAGAAAGAGCAAAAUGCUUCAGAAAAAGUAAUUGUAGAUAAACUGGAGGGGCAGAGAUUACAGAGAAGCAAACAGUCUGAUGAUUUAUGUAAAACCAUAGCUGACCUUGAGAAAGAAAAGGAGAAAUUACAAAAAGAGGCUGCAGAUCUACAGACUAAGUCUAAAGAGAUGGCCAAUGCCCAACAAAAACAAAUUAAAAAGGAAAAGAUAAUUAUUGAGCAGACUAUCCUGACAGAAAAACAAACGUUGCUGAAAAAAGAAAAGCUCAUUGAGGAAGAGAGAAAUAAGCUUGAGAAACAGUUUGAAGAUGAGGUUAAGAAGGCCAAAGCCCUCAAAGAUGAGCAGGAUCAUCAAAUGAAGCAGAUGGAACAGGAGAAGAAGAAACUCCAGGCUACCAUGGAUGCCGUUUUGAAAAAGCAGAAGGAUGCUGAGGAGAUGUGCAAUAAGCAGAAAGAGAUGCAGGAUCUUGAAAAUAAAAGGCUUGAACAAGAGCAUUUGUUGGGUGAGGAGAAUAAAAAGCUUCGUGAGAAGCUGCAGCAACUUUCUACACCUAAAAAAUCAGUAACACCCCACACUAAAGAAAGGGAGAUUCAAACUGAGGAGGUCCCUGAAGACCAGCUAAUUGCAAUGACAAUGGUGGGGACUACAAAUAAAGUAUUCAAUGGGUCUGAAGUAGUAGAUGGUGCAAAGACAAACAAAGAUGCACCAUUUGCUUUUGAUGGGAUUAGGGACCAGGUUCCCGCCAGCAGGCUCCAUGAUAUUGGUAUACUGAACAAAAUGGACUUUGACAAGCUGAAAACAGGGAAAACCACAGUGCAAGACCUGAGCAAGACCGAGAAAGUGAAAACAUGUCUCAAAGGCAAGAAUAGUGUUGGCGGAGUCUUGACCCCAGCCAAGCAGAAAAUGAGUGUGUAUCAGGCCAUGAAAGAGAAUAAACUUUCUCCUGGUGCUGCCACAAUGCUUCUUGAAGCUCAGGCAGCAUCUGGGUACCUCAUUGAUCCAGUGAAAAACAGAAUGCUCUCUGUGGAUGAAGCUGUAAAGGAGGAAUUAAUAGGUCCAGAACUCCAUAUCAAAAUGCUUUUUGCAGAAAAAGCAGCUACUGGUUACAAAGAUCCUUAUACUGGAGACAAAAUCUCACUCUUUGAGGCAAUGAAAAAGGGUUUGAUUGAACAAGACCAGGCCGUUAGACUUCUGGAUGCUCAGAUUGCAACUGGUGGAAUAAUUGACCCUGUCAAUAGUCACCGUGUACCACUCCAGACAGCCUAUAAGCAGGGCCAAUUGGAUUCUGAGAUUAACAGAACUUUAUCAAACCCUACUGCUGACUCAAAGUUAUUCCUUGACCCAAGCACUCAGGAGAGCCUCACUUAUCAGCAACUAUUGGAGAGGUGCACCUCAGAUGCAGAGACAGGCCUACUUGUGUUACCAAUCACAGAGAACGCUGCACAAAGUGACAAGACCUACACAACUGAAGAGACUAAAGAUGUACUCACUAAAGCAAAUAUCUCUGUUCUAGUUGGAAGAUUCCAAGGAAAGACUGUGACCAUUUGGGAAAUCAUUAACUCAGAGUAUUUUACAGAGCUACAGAGGAAGGAUCUGAUUCAUCAGUAUAAGACCGGAAAAAUCACAAUAGAAACAUUUAUCAAAAUUGUCAUUAGUGUUGUGGAAGACAAAGAGAAGAAGAAUGAAAUUGUGUUUGAUGGUCUGAGGACUCCUGUCACUGCAGCUGAACUUCUAGAAUCAAAGAUCAUCAAUAAAGACUUGUUCAACAAAUUGCAUAAUGGCAAAACAACUGUCAUUGAAAUCUCUGAGAUGGAGUGUGUUAAGAAAGCCUUAAGAGGAACACCUAGCAUUGCUGGAGUGAUCGUUGAGUCAACCAAGGAGAAAAUACCAUUCUAUCAAGCUGUAAAGAAACAGAUGCUCUCUCCCGAGACUGCAUUGACUCUUCUUGAGGCUCAAGCUGGGACUGGAUUUAUAAUUGACCCUGUCAAAAAUCAGAAGCUCACUGUGGAUGAGGCUGUUAAAUCAGGUCUUGUUGGCCCAGAGAUGCAUGAAAAACUUCUGUCUGCAGAGAGAGCUGUUAAUGGCUACAAAGAUCCCUACACUGGAAAGAAUGUAUCCCUAUUUCAGGCAAUGUUGAAAGACCUUAUUAAGAAAGACCAGGGUAUCCGUCUGCUAGAGGCUCAGCUUGCAACUGGAGGUAUAAUUGAUCCAGUCAAAAGUUAUCGCAUCCCACAUGAUGUUGCCUGUAAACGUGGAUAUUUUGAAGAAGAAAUGAACAAGACCUUGAGCAACCACACUGAUGAAACUAAAGUAUUCUUUGAUCCUAACAUGUGGGAGAAUGCAUCUUAUGUACAACUCAUGAAAAAAUGUGUCACUGACAAAGAGACUGGUUUUCCAUUUCUUCCGCUCUCAGAGAAUGCAAUUCAAAAGUCAAAAGAGAAACAAAAGUCAAAAGAGGAUCAUCAAUACACUGAGCUCCAGAUCAAAGAUGCCUUGAAUCAGGCAACAAUGGAGCUGCAGUAUGGACCUUUCAAAGGAAGGAAAGUCACUAUUUGGGAGAUCAUAAACUCUGAAUAUAUUACAGAGGAACAAAGAAUCGAGGUAAUUCAACAGUACAGAACUGGAACAGUGACUAUUGAACAAAUUAUUACAAUCCUUGUCACAAUGGUUGAUACAAAGGAGACCAAGAAACAGGAAAAAGAACAGGCCAGCUUUGAAGGUCUUAGAGCACCUGUCACUGCCAACUCAUUGUUUGAAUCCAAAAUAAUUGAUGAAGCUACAUAUGAUCAACUCCAACAGGGCGAAAAGAAACCGAAAGAAAUCAGUGACAUGAACGCAGUCAGGAAAUACUUGCAAGGAACAGAUGGACAGAUUGCAGGCAUCUAUAUGGGUGACUCAAAGGAAAAGGUUAGCAUUUAUCAAGCAAUGAAGAAGAAUAUAUUGAAACAAAAUACAGGUCUUGCAUUACUCGAGGUACAAGCAGCAACUGGUUUCAUUAUCGAUCCUGUCAAAAACCAGCGGUACACUGUGGAUGAUGCUGUGAAAGCAGGAGUUGUUGGUCCUGAGGUUCACGAGAAACUUCUUUCAGCUGAGAAAGCAGUGACUGGUUUCAGAGAUCCAUACACAGGCAACAUUAUUUCCCUCUUCCAAGCCAUGAAGAAGGAGCUUGUGCUACGAGAACAUGCCAUUCCCCUUUUGGAAGCUCAGAUGGCCACAGGAGGGAUUAUUGACCCAGUCAGCAGUCACCGUGUCCCAAAUGAUGUGGCCUUCCAACGUGGCUAUUUCAAUAAGCAGAUAGCUAAGACCUUUACUGACCUGUCAGGGGAUAUCAAAGCCUUCGUUGACCCCAACACUAAUGAAAGUUACACGUAUAAACAACUGCAAGAGAAAUGCAUAAGAGAUCCAGAUACUGGUCUGUGCUUCCUGCCACUAUCAAAAGCUGAAGCUCAAAGUCCAGUGGAUAAGUCCUACGUAUACACAGAAGAACAGGCACAGACAGACUUGACUAACAGUCAAGUGGAUAUCCCUCAUCAGACCUAUGGAGGGAAGGUAAUGACCCUAUGGGAUGUCAUGAUGUCAAACCUGCUCCCUGAGGAGGAAAAGCUAAGGCUCCUGGAACAGUAUCGCCGUGGGCAAAUCACAAAGGAGAGAAUGAUCAUCAUCGUCAUUGAAGUCAUUGAACAAAGGGACAUACUGAAAGUAGAGCAGAGCAUGUCCUGUGAUGUGAUCAGACGAAGAGUCACUAUUGAGGAGCUCUAUAGUUCUCGCAUUAUCGAUCUUCAAACAUACAAUCUGUUGAAGCAAGAGAAGAAAACUAUCCGUGAGGUUAUGGAAAUGCCAUCUGUAAAGCAGUAUCUGUUUGGCACUGGCAGUAUUGCUGGAAUCCUCUCGGACUCCCCCUCUAAGGUCAGUAUUUACCAGGCAUUGAAGAGAGGUCUCAUUAAGCCUGAUUUUGCUAUCAGUCUCCUGGAGGCCCAAGCAGCAACAGGAUUCAUCAUUGACCCUGUGAAAGAUGAAUUGCUAACUGUUGACGAGGCUGUGCGCAAAGGGAUAAUCGGCCCUGAAAUCCAUGACAAACUUCUUUCUGCCGAGAGGGCAGUCACUGGCUACAAGGAUCCUUACAGUGGAAAAGUAAUCUCUCUCUUCCAAGCGAUGAAAAAAUACCUUGUUCCUGAGGAUUAUGCCCUGAGGCUCCUUGAAGCCCAGGCUUCCACUGGAGGCCUUAUGGAUCCAGAAUACUACUUCCACCUUCCCACAGAUGUUGCCAUGCAACGCGGGUACAUCAAUAAGGAAACAUUUGACAGGAUCACUGAUCCAAACUGUGAUAUACAAGGUUAUGUUGAUCCAACCACAGAGGAGAGACAGACUUAUGCCCAACUGCUGAAGAGAUGCAAAGUUGAUAAAGAGAGUGGUCUGCGAUUACUUUCGAUGGCAGACAGAAGGCUGCUUUUCAAGGGUCUCAGAAAGCAAGUUACCUUGGAUGAGCUGCUUUGUUCGCAGAUUAUUGACCAAAAGACAUACAAUGAUCUCACUGAAGGCCUUAUCUCAGUGGAAGAGGUCAGCAGAGAAGUGAAGAAGUACCUUGAGGGCACAAGCUGCAUUGCCGGAGUAUAUGUAGAAUCUAGCAAAGAUCGUCUGUCAAUCUACCAAGCAAUGAAAAAGAACAUGAUAAGACCCGGGACAGCCUUUGAACUUCUUGAGGCUCAAGCAGCAACAGGAUAUAUAAUUGACCCAAUACAGAACCUGAAGCUGAAUGUUGGUGAAGCUGUUAAAAUGGGAGUCGUUGGUUCAGAGUUCAAAGACAAGCUCAUCUCUGCUGAGCGUGCCGUUACAGGCUACAGGGAUCCGUACUCUGGCAAGAACAUCUCUCUAUUCCAGGCUAUGAAAAAGGGUCUCAUUCUGAAAGACCAUGGCAUUCGACUAUUGGAAGCCCAAAUUGCCACUGGUGGGAUCGUUGAUCCAGAAGAGAGUCACCGCUUGCCAGUUGAGAUGGCCUACACACGUGGUCUGUUUGAUGAGGAGAUGAAUGGCAUUCUUACAGACCCAUCUGAUGACACUAAAGGCUUCUUUGACCCUAACACUGAGGAGAACCUCACUUACCUGCAGCUGAUGGAGCGAUGCCUGAUUGACCCGGAAACUGGACUUGCACUUUUGCUGUUAAAAGAAAAGAAACGUGAGAGGAAGACAUCCUCCAAAUCGUCUGUGCGUAAACGUAGAGUAGUCAUUGUUGACCCAGAGACAGGCAAAGAGAUGUCUGUUUAUGAGGCAUAUCACAAAGGACUUAUUGAUCACCAGACCUACAUGGAGCUUGCAGAGCAGGAGUGUGAGUGGGAGGAGAUUACUAUCUCCUCAUCUGAUGGUGUUGUGAAGUCCAUGAUCAUUGAUAGAAGGUCUGGCCAACAGUAUGAUAUUGAUGAUGCCACCACAAAGGGCCUCAUUGACCAGUCUGCUCUGGAUCAGUACCGUGCUGGCACUCUGUCCAUCACAGAGUUUGCGGACAUGCUGUCCGGAAACGUAAGUGGCACCAGAUCUAGGUCAUCCUCCUUUGGGUCCACAUCAUCUUACUCCAAUAGUUCAGCCCCCUCUAUCAAACCCCCAGCAACAAUAUGGAAUGACCCAACAGAAGAAUCGGGCCCUGUGGCUGGAAUACUAGAUACUGACACAUUGGAUAAGGUGUCAGUGACAGAAGCAAUGCACAGAAAUCUUGUGGACAAUAUCACAGGUCAAAGAUUGCUGGAGGCUCAGGCUUCCACUGGUGGCAUCAUUGAUCCAAAUACUGGAGAGAAAUUCUCAGUUGCAGAUGCAGUGAACAUGGGACUUGUGGAUAAGAUCAUGGUUGACCGAAUCAACCUGGCACAGAAGGCCUUCAAUGGAUUUGAGGAUCCCCGAACCAAAACAAAAAUGUCUGCUGCACAAGCAUUAAAAAAGGGGUGGUUGUAUUAUGAGGCGGGACAGAGAUUCCUAGAAGUACAAUAUCUAACUGGUGGUUUGAUCGAACCAGAUGUCAAUGGCAGAGUUCCACUGGAUGUUGCUAUCAACAAGGGCACCCUAGAUGCACGUACUGCACAGAAGCUACGGGAUAUCAGUGGAUACUCCAAAUACCUCACCUGCCCCAAGACAAAGCUUAAGAUCUCAUACAAGGAUGCCAUGGAUAGAAGCAUGAUUGAGGAGGGUUCUGGCCUGCGUCUGUUGGAAGGGUCUUCUCAGUCAAGUAAAGGCCUUUACAGUCCUUACAGUGUUAGCAGUUCUGGGUCAGCAUCCGGUUCCCGGCCCGACUCAAGAACGGGCUCCAGGUCAGGCUCCAGACGAGGGAGCUUUGAUGCCACAGGCUCUGGCUUCUCCACUAAUUUAUCUUCCUCAUCCUUCAGCUCCACAAGCUAUGGGCGCAGAUAUGAUGCAGGAUCACACAGCGGAUUUAGCAUGGAUGCGCUAGCACAGGCCCUGACAUCAUUAGCAAUGGGCAGGAACUGCAAUUCUGAAGAGAGAAUUUUUACCACAAUACAAACCAAUUACUCCCCAGUUGCCUAAUUCUUAUUAGAAAAAUAAUCUACCUUUAUUCUGCUCUGCAUGUGGUUAUUAUGGGGCUUUUCAGCAAUAUGUUGUAAUUAUUUUUGCUGGCUUUAAGUUAAUUUGGUCAAAAUUUGAUUCAGUUUUACAUUUUCAAAGUCCAUUUUUGUUGCAUUAUUUAUAUGCUUAAAUACAGAAGAGCUGACUGUUUUUAGCAACUAUAAUGAUAUUAAUAAUAACCUUUUCAAUAUUAGACAUAUUGAAAAUGUUGUAUUUUUAAGUCAGCUUGUUAUUAAUUGUAAUUAACAUUUUCUGACUUGGGUUAAAAUUAUAUUUGGAUUCUAUUAAAUUCCAUCAAAGAAAGUAUCUUGGUUAAAGUAUACAUUUUUAUAGCAAACCAAAUUAGAUGUGAAAGCUGUUAAACUGUUUGGUAGGAGGACAUUUAGAAUAUCUAGAAAUAGAUACAAAACUUCCAAUCUGCAGAGCAGAGUAAAGAGUCACAGAACAAUGUAUUAUUAUAAUACUGGAGCAAAUGCUUCAAGAAAACCAAGCCUCAAAAUCUUUUCUUAUCUCUGCUGUACUGUCCCUAAUACUGUGCCAAUGUCUGGAUUCUACCUAUCCCCUGCUUGUGAUAUUACAAGGGACUAUCAAACAGUUAAAAAUAUGCAGUCUUUAUACAGUUAAGCAUCCUUCUGGAGAGAGCAUUCCAAGGAUGGCAAUCCCAACAUAAUAAAACAUGGACCAACACACUUGAAGUAAAAGAUGCCUCACAUCACCAUGAAACACCAUUGGACACUCCUGGUCUCAUCUCAAGCUGCAAUAACUUCUCAGCAGAAAUCGUUUUGCCAGACACAAAUCUUAAAUCAAUUCUGUAUAUUCAAGUAAUUUUUUCUUCAUUUUGUUGAAGCCUAUGUUUUCCUGAGACCGUCAAGUCAAAACGAAGAACUUAGCUGAAAUAAACGUUAGCGUUAACACUUAAGACUACACCGAGAUACGUUUACAUAAUUCAGUUUAGCCUUUUUAUUUUUCAGAUAAUUAUUAACAAAUAACUCUGAAAAGGCAGAUCUUAAUGUUUAUUAUGCAAAAUAUAAUGAAUCAUUGUACUGCCUUGCUUCUACCCUACACCUGCCUACUAAUAUAUCUGAUCUCAUAUGGUAACAGCCCUAACCACCACCACAUGAAUCACAAUUGCUGUAUUGUAAUGUUUUUGUUAGUGCCUGCAUAUUCAAUGCAUGAAAGGGUUUCACACACUACAAGGUGUGAAUAAUACUGUAAAUUGAGUGAUUCAGAACUGGAAAAAUAAUAUGGUUAUCAUCAGGUAUUUCCCAAAUUCAUGGCAGUCAUACAAAUGUUCUUAGUUUAAUCUAGUGAAAUAAAAGGGUGUUGAGGCGGUAUGAAUAUUUUCAUACCGCAUCAACACCCUUUUAUUUCACUAGAUUAAACUAAGAAGAUUUGUACAAGGCUAAGAUUUAAAUAAAUGUUUAUCACAAAAAUGAUUCAGUUUUGAAAUGUAUAAGACAAUCGUUACUGACUGUAUUCUACAUAUUUGGAAAAUAUAUUUUAGCUUCGUCACUUGUUGCCUCGUGAACCAGUGUUCAUAUUUCCCAAGACAAUUGCUUGUUUUUUUUUCUUCCUUAGAAGUACUUUCCUUUGUAAAUCAUCAUGUUCUAUCUCAAUAUUCAUUAUAUUUUCAUAUGAUACAUUUUAUUUUUGCUUUGCAUGUUGUACAAACCUGGUUGAAAAUAUGCAAUAUAAAUAGUUGUAUCCAUUUUUUCGUUGUGAAGCCUUUAAAAUGGUUUGAAGGAUGUACUUUAAAGUUGGGUUAUCGGGCAUGGUUAAAAUGGUGUAUUGAAAGGGUGACAUUGUAUUUUAAUGUUAAGACCUUAAGAAUGAAAAUAAACUUAUGAGGUAUCAAUACGAAAUGCAAUGUCUUUUGAGUAUUUACAUUUUUUUAUGUUCGAGUGAAGAUUUUUGCACUCCAAACAAAUCUUUAUGUAAAGAUGCACUAUGCAGAAAUCGCUCCACCAUAACCUGGUUGCUAAAAUGUAUAAUUAUUUGCCUAAUUUCAGUUUAUUUAACCAAACAAGUAAGUUUUGUAUAGAAAAUCAUUGUACCAUGUAAACUGCUGCAAAAUAUAUUUUUCACAACCAAAAAUAUUGUAUUUUCAGCUGUUUGAAGCCGGCGUACAAAACCGAAAGUAAAAGAUGCAAAAAAUAAACUUUAGAACGGGAAGCAUAGAAAUAGCACACAUUGAACAGAUCUAACGCUUCUUAUACUUGCUUUCAAUGAGAAUGAUAGAUAUAUAACUCACAUUUCUAUGUGUAUUUUGUCAGCUCGCCCAAUAACUGUAGCUUUAAUUCAGUGGAAUUCAACACAAGAAUAAGGGCUUUAUGGAUGUAAUUGGAGAAUCAGUAUUUUAAGGUUUGAAUGCAUUGCUCUUAGACAGUUGUCACCUCCAGUAAUGUUUUGUACUCAAACACUAUACACAACUCACUUGCUCUUAAUAGCUUUCUAAUUCUUCUGAAUUAUUUAAUGACACAGACAAUAAUACAAUACAAAAGGUGUGGAACUCUAUCUUUACAUCAGCACAAGUGAAAUUGAGCCACAGUUUACAUAUUAUCUAAUAUUUUUGUCACUGUUAAGUGUCAAAUGAGGUGUUAGAAUAUUCCAUCCAAUUGGUGACAGAUUCUCAUGUGAAUAUUAAAAAAUCCGCAUUAAGAAAAUAUGUGUAUUUUCCCACCAGUGGUGUUUCCACCAAACGGACUUCUUGCAGAUAAAAAUCAGUGCAUGUUGACAUAUGCACACAAAAUGUAGCUUUUCACUUAGUUUUCAUGUACCAAAUAAAAAUUUAAAGUUCAAUCUA